CUGCUCCAGAGCGCUGGCGACGAGGCCUUAGUGGCACCACUAGUGGCACCACCUCGCCGCCUCAUACGAGUAGCAUGGCCUUGGCCCCGCUCGAGGACGCGCCCGGCGUCGACAUCUCUCAUGACCAGGACGGUGGCCUCUUCAAGGAGCUGGUCACCGAGGGCGAUGCCUCGUCCGGCUCUCCGCCGGUCGGCUCAAAGGUCAAGGUCCACUAUGUCGGCACGCUGCUCGACGGCUCCAAGUUCGACUCGUCCCGCGACCGGCCCGGCUUCUUUGAGUUUAAGGUUGGCGUCGGGCAGGUCAUCAAGGGCUGGGACCAGGGCAUCUGCACGAUGAAGAAGGGCGAGGUCUGCACGCUGACAUGCAGGCACGACUACGCGUACGGCGAGAGCGGGCACCCGCCAAAGAUCCCCGCCGGGGCGACGCUGAAGUUUGAGGUUGAGCUCUUUGGCUGGAAGGAGGAGCGCAAGCAGAAGUGGGAGCUCGACGAGGCGGGCAAGCAGGCGACCGCGGCGGAGCUCAAGGAGAAGGGCACCGCCGCGCUCAAGGCGGGGAGCAACGACGAGGCGUACGAGCUGUACGUCGACGCGGCGUCGUACGUGGAGGGCGAGUCGGCAGAGCCGGCGCGCGCGCUGCUGCUCUCGUGCCAGCUCAAUGCCGCCGCCGCAGCGCUAAAGCUCAAGGAGUGGGCGCUCGCGGAGGCGGCGGCGGGCAAGGCGCUCGCCGUCGAGCCCGCCUCCGUCAAGGCGCUCUACCGCCGCGGGACCGCGCGCAUGCACGGGGGCGACUUUGCUGCCGCCAAGGCCGACCUGCGCGCGGCGGCCACCGCGGACCCAAAGGACCGCGCGGUGCGCGACGCCUUUGCGGAGUGCGGCCGGCGCGAGGCCGAGGCGAAGAAGGCCGAGAAGGCGGUGGCGGCUAGGAUGUUUAGCUAGGAGAGGCUAGAGUGACACCCAGCGAGGGGCAGACCUCUCGAUGAUGGACGAGCCAUGGCGCGAGUUCACACCAUCCCAAUAUCAAACGCGCCAUUAGCGCGCCAGCACAGACUUACACGUCAAUUACGCCACCCACGAUAACAAUUUCGAUGUUUGUGAGUGUUCCGACGGGCGUUGAUCGAAUCCCUUGUGCGACACAUCACGACUCCCACCGAGCCGCGCCGCGCCGCGCGCGCGCGCGCGCGCGGCUCACUCGCUACCACCGACACCCGUGCGUGUCACACUUGACACUAUGGCAGCGGCUGCUAAAUAAAUAAAUAAAAACGGACACCUCUCUACUGUGAGAUGGGU